AUUCUUCACAACCAAACUGUCAUCCUCACUGUAUUCGCCUCUGCACAGAGCCGGUGGCACCACCAUCUUUAGGAAAAAUCAAUCAAAGCAAAGAACUGCUAUAAUUAGACACAGAGGACAGAAUCUGUAAACAGAACAGUGUGGAAGCAGCCAUGCAUGAGUAAUGGUUGCAUAAGCAGCAGCAUUAAGCCACAGCCCGACCAGCACACAGACACACAGCAGACCUUUGGGGAUUCAAGCAUCUGAAAACAACACGAUUUCUGCUCUUUAUUUGAGUCUGAACACGGAUCUAUCUACAUGAUGUCUAAAUCAGGUCUGUCCAGUGGAGAGCAAUGCAUCAAAUACAUCAUAUUCUUCUUUAAUUUCAUGUUAUGGCUCGCCGGUACAGGAGUUUUGGCUGUUGGUCUGUGGCUGCGCUUCGAUGCUAAAACUAAAGAAUUCUUCACUGCGGAAAAUGGCCAGACUGUGUUCCUCACAGGGGUUUAUAUCCUGAUCGUGGCCGGAGCCGUCAUGAUGGUGGUCGGGUUCCUGGGCUGCUGUGGAGCAAUAAAAGAGUCGGCCUGCAUGCUGGGACUGUUCUUCAUGUUUCUGCUGGUCAUUUUCGCCGCUGAAGUUGCCGCUGGAAUCUGGGGUUUGUCUAAUAAAGAUAAGAUUGUGUCCGAUAUCCAGCAGUUUUACACGCAGACCGUCAAAAAUUACAAGGAGAGUCCAGACGGGCCGCUGAAGGAAACUCUGACUGCCAUUCAUUUUUCACUGCAGUGCUGUGGACCAACUGGCCUGGUCACCGAUGGAGUAUCUGUCACCUGCCCCAAACAGGAGGGUCUCGCAAACGUCAUCACAACGGGCUGCUCAUCUGUCAUUCAGGAUAUGUUCAACUCUCGGCUUCAUGUGAUUGGAGGAGUCGGCAUCGGCAUUGGCGUGAUCAUGGUCUUCGGCAUGAUCUUCAGCAUGUUGCUGUGCUGCGCUAUCCGACGAACCCGUGACAUCGUGUAAACCGCGGUUCGCCACAAGUGCCUGAUUUCUGCUUUUCUUUUUAUUUAUCUUCGUUUGUGAAUGUGCGCGAGUGGUUGUCCUGUUGUAAAUGUCUAACAAAGAAAGUCCAGCAUUAGUUGACCACUUGAAAACUGUUACAGUCUGUGCAUAUGAGGAGUCUGUUUUUAGUUUCUUUGUUUCGAUUAACAUUUAUUUUGUCUCUUUGAAUGCACUAGCAAGCUUUCUGGCAUUCUUUUGUAACAUUUUACAUUUAUUUUAUGUACCCAUAUGGGAGUUUGGAGAGAAAGUAACAUGUAGUAAACUACCAAUAAAGUUGAAGACUAAUCGA